CAAUUUUUUUUUGUUUUCUCAUCCCUUAUUUUUCAUUUGACACAACACGAAGCUCAGAACAAAAGCCAGACCAAAAAUAUAAGCCCUAAAUUUAUAAUCCCAAAUCAAGACACUAUUUUUCAUUUUCGUUGAUUAUUAUCUGCUUGGUUCUCUUGUUUUCUCUGUUUUGAAGACUCUGCUUUGUUUUCAGGAAAAAUAAGAAUUUUAAUUCCCGACACGACGCCACUCUGAAGCAGAAUUCUGGGGACUUUGAGUAUCGUUUUUGCUGGGGAAGCUGUGAAUAGUUAUUUCAUUUAGGAAGGCUAUUUUUUCAUCAUUUCAGGCCGCGAAGUAAUCUCUUAUCUCUGUGAUUUUUAGUUGGGAAAGAUGUCUUCGUCGUCAUAUCCAGUUCUUGACAACAAACCAAUUGACCAGUGGAAGGUUACAGAACUUAAAGAAGAGCUAAAGAGGCGGAAGUUGAAAUCAAGUGGUAAGAAGGAGGAGUUGAUACGAAUGCUGGGUAAUGCCAUUCGUAUUGAACGGGAACAGGCUGCAAAGGAAGAAGAAGUGGAAGCGAAUAAUGAUGCUGAUAGUGUUAGCGAACCUGUAGUUGGGGUAAAAGAUGCAAAAAAAUUGCCAAAUGAUACUGGAAUUGCCAAAGAUGUUGUGAUUGUUGGUAGUCAAGAGAAGGAAAAGGUGGAUAAUGUUGCGGUUCAUCUUGACAUGAACACUAGUGCUGCUGCCUUGGAUCAAGGAGAGAUUGAAAGCAUAGAAAUUGCUGGUAAUAUUAACGAAAAUGAUGCUGCCUUAGAGCAAGAGAAAAUCCUAGAAAGGGACAUUACAGGUGAUACCAACCCUGCUAGAGUGGAGGAGGAGCUGGUUAUCCAUAAAACUAUUGUGGAAACUAGCAAAACAGUUACUGAGAAUGUGGUUACUGAAUUAGCUUUGAGUGGGCAAGAGUUGCAUAACUCUGGAGCACUGAAGGAGAAUUUGUAUUCAAGUGUUCGGCUGGAGAUUUCAAAGCCCCAGCUGGAGGAUGAGAGUGUAAAGCCUCUGCGCAAGGAUGACAUGCUUGACACCUCUGCUCCGGUUAAUCAGGUAUCUGAGGUCAGCGCUAAUUUAGGGUCUCAAAUAAAAUCUGAUUCUAUUUCUACUGAUUCUGUGUCAAUUAAUGAAAAGAUUGAACUAAAGGAUAAUAUAAUUGCUGAUAAUGUCAAAUUAGAACAAGAUGUUAUUAGGCCGGAGAUGGUGGAACCAUCAUCUACCAAUAUUGUCCCAGUUGGUGGUGAAUCACAUCCAAUGGAUGUUGAAGAGCCACUUGAGAGGAAGACAUCUAUUGAGGAGACGGAUUACAAGAAUGCUACAAUUGCAGAUAUGGGCAAGAAAAAUGACAGUGCAAAUGUGGGUUAUUCAGAAAAGUUAAAUUUGGACCGAAGCUCUGGUGAGGACUCUAUAGAGGAGGAUGUCCUGGAGAGUAAUAAACAAAUAGAUUCAAAGGAUAGUUCUGAUGAACUGAGGGACAGAAGUGAGAAAGAUGAAGUGCCUGCUGUGAAAGUGGAUAGUCCUGUAGAUGUUAUUGGAGAUGGUUUAUCUGAUGGCAAAAAGGUUGUUCAAGUUGAGGGUAAGAGUUGUCCAGCUGUGGUUGCUGAGAAAAGAAAAAUUAAUGAUCAAGAAGCAGUGGGAAGCAAUGAGCCUUUGAAGAGGCAACGUAAGUGGAACUCUGAAAGCCUGAAGCUUACAGACCAGAGUUCUAAUCUUAUACCUACCACCACACCAAGGGACACAUUUCAAUCUAGUGCUUCAAAACGGAACCUCUCUAGAUCUGAUUCGGUUGUCAGUGAUGACACAGCCAAGGAACGUGUUGUUCCACCAUCUCCAAAAUCUCCAACUAAUUCCCUCAGGGUUGAUCAUUUUGUGCGUCCUUUUACCCUAAAAGCUGUGCAUGAGCUUCUAGGCAAGACUGGAUCUUUCACCUGUUUCUGGAUGGACCAUAUUAAGACUCAUUGCUACGUCACUUAUUCGUCAGUUGAUGAAGCCAUGGAGACACGUAAAGCUUUGUAUAACAUACAAUGGCCUCCAAAUAAUGGUGGACGCCCAUUGGUGGCUGAGUUUGUGGAUCCCCAGGAAGUGAAAAUGCGAGCAGAGGCUCCUCCUCAGUUGUCAGCUACACCUGUCAGUGUGCCUCCUCCAGCUCCACCUGCCUUACAGCCCCAGCCUUCAACCCAUCAACCUGCUCCCAGACAGCAGCUUGCACCACCACCACCGGUAUCUAACUCAGCCCCAGCAAGAGAGCGGUUCACUCUUCCACUCCCUCCCCCAACCCCAGAAAAAGUUGACCCACCAAUCAUGACUCUGGAUGACCUAUUUCGGAAAACCAAAGCAACUCCUUGCAUCUACUACCUGCCUUUAUCAGAGGGACAGGUUGUGGGGAAACUUCAAUCACGGAGAAAUAACACCAAGCAGUCUGCAGGUGUUAACUAUAGGAAGGAACUGUUCCAGCCAAGCUUAGGGAUCUGGUUCGUCAAUGGAUUUCGGUUUGGUUUUUCCAAAGACUCUGCCUGCUUGAGGCAUAUGCUUCUUUUAGUGUUAGAACCCUCUUCCUCCCCCAACAAAACUGAGAGCUUGACAGGUGUCUUGUGUCUUGUUUUUCUGUUGAACUGGAAUUCCAACUUUUAUAGACUGGUUAUUAUAUUGUUAGACUAUUUUUCUUUUUACUAUUGGAUGAGAUCUUCUAUUUCAGAUCGAGUUUGGUCUUCAUUGUAUAUUCUACUACAACUAGUUUUUUCUUGAACUGGUACUGAAAACUUGGCUAAUCUUGUGCGUAA